AUGAGCGAACAUUCCGGCGCGAAGCGACGCCGCUCAACGACUAGCGUUUUCGCUGACUUAACCCCCCCCACCAACGACCAAACUCCUCUCCGAUCCAAGUUUUAUUCUCGAGAGAUUGACAGUGUACUUUCCCGAGAGGUUCAACAAGAUGCUUUGGAGCUUACCGGGCUAUCUGACGACAGCGAGACCCAGGAACAGGCGGAGCUUACCGAAAUACUUGCUCAGGGCGAUUGGGCGGAAAGCGAAGUAGCUUUGUUCCGACGAUUAAGAAGACGCGGCAGAGAAGCCCUACUUCCAGCUCCAUGGCGUCUGGACUUUACGACAUUUCCUGAAACGCUGUACUCCCCAGUCGGCGAACAAAGUUUUAUAUGUGCUCUUACGCCAUCGGCUUCCAUGGAAUUCAGGGGUAUCAUCUUCCAAUUUCAUUGCUUCUCUAUACUAUGUCUCCUUGUCCAAGUGCUGAUCUUAAAAUGUCUGAAUAAUCCAGGAUCACAAGCACUACAGAGGCUAGUCAAUGUCGGGGGACAAGUGCGAGACAGGACGGAAAUCAACCCUUCGGCACCCGUGGAGCCGCUGAUUUUCCAAGAAAUAAAGAAUUUUUUAACUUGGGCCGAAAAGGAUGGAGAAAUAUGUACGUUUCUUAAGAAUCCCGCUUCUUGUUCUCGUCCCUCUUCAUCUCCCCCAUAUUCCUUUUCCCAGUCUGAUGCCGAAAAUUUAGCUUUAUCUUCGGUACUCACGAUCAACUACAACCGAAGCAAGAAUGGCAAUGCGAAAGUUACUAGCGAAAAGACAGAGCGCAAAAUGAAAUCAAUGGCCAGCGAACUUAGGGUAAAGAAUCAACAAGCCCCACGUCAAACGGCCCCACCAAGUAAUGAUAUCGAAAAUAUCGAUACUCCAGCUAGACCGCUAGCUGUAAUCUACGGCAUAACAGUGUAUAACUGUGUCGCAGCGCUGAGUAGCCUGGGUUGUGAUGGCUCCGACACAGAUGUUAAAACGCAUGUCGUUUUGGACUGGACGGAUACCGGGUUGGAUAUAUGGAACGCAAUUGCUGUUGCAAUCUUUAUCGUAUCUUGCCGCAAUGACGUCUUAGAUUCGGAUGAAGGAGCCAGGUUGAAACUCAUUCAGCGGACGGAUGAUGACGCCUGA